UAUGGCCCAGGCCCAAGCCCAAGCCCAGGCCCAUCAUACUAUUGAGCCCAUAAACUGCUAUUAAAAAUACAAAAACUUAAACCCGGGAACGACUUCCAAAUUCCCAACUAACAUAACGGUAUGGAUGUGGCACAUUGCUCUCUAGAUGGCAAUGCUGAUUGUGUGGAGUUUUGUCCACAUGAUACUUACCGUCAUGUUCUGGCAGCUUCGACGUACAUGCUGCAAGAGGGUGAUCAGCCAAGUCGAUCUGGGAGCAUAUCGCUCUUCAAUGUAGAUGCUAACAUGGGUUGCCUUGAUUUGUUUCAUCGGGUGGAUACAGCGGGCAUAUUUGAUAUGAAGUGGAGCCCAGUUGGGGGUAAUGUGGGUUGUUUGCUUGCUCAAGCGGAUGCUGAUGGUUGUUUGAGAUUUCACAGUCUUGAGAGCUGUUUAGAUGGAGCAGAAGGGGUUUUAUUGAAAGAGAUAAGUGGAGAUAAAAUCAGUUCUUCCAUGUGCCUUUGCCUUGACUGGAACCCCUCAGCCACAUCAAUCACAGUGGGGCUUUCUGAUGGAUCUGUCUCAAUGGUUUCCUUAUUGGAGUCCCAAAUGGAAGUACAACAAGAAUGGAAAGCACAUGAUUUUGAGCUUUGGGCAUCUUCCUUCGAUAUCCACCAACCUCAACUGGUAUACACUGGUUCAGAUGACUGCAAAUUCAGUUGUUGGGAUUUGCGGGAUACUCCUUCUAAGUUAGCAUUUCAGAAUACCAAGGUUCAUAAGAUGGGUGUUUGUUGCAUAGUGAAGAACCCCAGUGACCCUAAUACCCUAUUUACUGGUUGCUAUGAUGAGUAUUUGAGGGUAUGGGAUGUAAGAUCAAUCUCAAAACCUGUAAAUGAAACUUCAAUUUGUUUGGGGGGAGGUGUCUGGAGAAUCAAGCCCCACCCCAUUGUACCGGGCCUUGUCUUGGCAGCUUGCAUGCACAAUGGGUUUGCAGUUGUUAAGAUGGAAGGGGAUAAGGCUGAAGUGCUUGAAACUUAUAGCAAGCAUGGCUCACUUGCAUACGGGGCAGAUUGGCAGAGAGGGGAAUCUUUCCAGGAUGGCAAAAAUAAGAGUACUCUGGUGGCUACUUGCUCAUUUUAUGACCGUCUUCUUCGGCUAUGGAUGCCACAAAGUGAUAUUGCAAAAUGAUUUACGAGAUCUAAGCGCAUUUGUUUAAUUGCAGUCAGAAAGAUUCAGGUUCAACCAAAGUAACUUCUGGGGAAUCUUUAUUUUUGCUUCAUUAGGUAUGUUUGGACAUGGUACCUAAUCUUUCUUCCUCCACUUAACAUGAUUCAAGAAGAUAGUUUGGUUCCCGCUAUGUUAUACCACUAUAAAAUAUUGCUGUCAUGCA